AUGCCGCCUUCGACGGAAAUCAAGCGCUUCUACCUUCGAGCACCUGACCUUGAGUACAGCGUCGAUGGACCAAUCAAGAUCGGCAACGUUCUUUCGGACAUAACUCUACCACAAGAUCCCAUCACAUUCUUCGCCCCCUUGUCGAACGUUGUCUCGGGGGUCGGCUACGGCAAAGGCGAGAUAUCCAAGGACCACCAUGCGUCGCUCAAUGUGGGUCUCUCUGCGAAGAUAUACGACGUGUUUGGCGCCCAGGCAGACGCUGAGACAAGUGGUCUGGUCAAGACGACUUAUGCCUUUGACGAGAUUGUCGCGUUGCAUUUGCAGACGAAUCCAACUGCCGCGGACGUAAAGCAGUUUCGGGAGAAUGAUGUCGAGUUCAAGAACGCUUUGCAAAAAGGUCCAGUAUUCGUGGUGACGGGGUUGAAGAUUGUCAAAGGUCUUCGAUAUCUGAAUGAACGAAGCAAUCAACAUGGCGCACAGCUAAGCGGACAAGCUCAUGUCACGGACGAAAUUAGUCUUGGUGGGAACCUGGGCGGAGACAGAGGCAGAAGAAAUAAAGAGACCUGGACCGCUUUGGGAGAGCCUAUCCUUGCCUACCGGUUGCACGUAAUCGCGAAAAGGGGCCGGUUGUGGCCGUGGAGAGGCCAAAACGACGAUGCCACGAUUCAAACGUUCAGUCCCGGCGAUGUCGGGUUCAUGGGCCUUGAGGAUGAGCUUGAUGAAUUUGAGGCAGAGAUUGACGAGGUGGGAGUGAUGGAUAUUGAAUCCUUUGCACAAGAGCAGGAAUACAAAGGGGUUCGAUAUGUCGAUUCCGGGAGUGAGGAAGAUGCUUGGUCGUUUGCUCUUUUGGAAGAGUAA